AUGGGUGACGUCUUGGUGGAAAACCCGGCCAACCAAGUCGCCCCUCACAAGAAGACAGCUCCCUCAACAAUCCCUAGUAUUGAGAACUUUGAGGGCAUCGCGACGGAGGGAGGUGACGACUAUGCCACAUUGAAGAAGCUGCAAAGACAACUGGAGUAUAUCCAGUUGCAGGAGGAGUAUAUCAAGGAUGAGCAGAGGAGUCUGAAGCGCGAGCUUGUCCGGGCUCAAGAGGAGAUCAAGCGAAUCCAGAGUGUUCCUUUGGUGAUUGGGCAGUUUAUGGAGGCCAUCGACCAGAACACCGGAAUCGUACAGUCAUCCACGGGUUCGAAUUAUGUCGUCCGCAUCCUUUCCACCCUCGACCGCGAGAAGCUCAAGCCCUCUUCCUCCGUCGCCCUCCACCGCCACUCCAACGCCCUCGUCGACAUCCUCCCCCCCGAAGCCGACUCGUCCAUUGCCAUGCUUGGCGCCGACGAGAAGCCCGAUGUGACGUACGCCGAUGUUGGUGGUCUGGAUAUGCAGAAGCAGGAGAUCCGCGAGGCUGUUGAGCUACCAUUGACGCACUUCGACCUCUACAAGCAGAUUGGUAUCGACCCUCCUCGCGGUGUCUUGCUCUACGGUCCUCCGGGAACAGGAAAGACGAUGCUGGUCAAGGCUGUGGCGAACUCCACGACGGCGAACUUCAUUCGUGUCGUUGGCUCCGAGUUUGUUCAGAAGUACCUCGGUGAGGGUCCUCGCAUGGUUCGCGAUGUCUUCCGCAUGGCCCGCGAGAACGCCCCCGCCAUUAUCUUCAUUGACGAGAUUGACGCCAUUGCGACGAAACGUUUCGAUGCGCAGACUGGUGCCGAUCGUGAAGUUCAGCGUAUUUUGCUCGAGCUUCUCAACCAGAUGGACGGUUUCGACCAGACCGCCAACGUCAAGGUCAUCAUGGCCACGAACAGAGCCGACACCCUCGACCCCGCCCUUCUCCGUCCCGGUCGUCUGGACCGAAAGAUCGAGUUCCCUAGCUUGAGAGACAGACGCGAGCGUCGUCUCAUUUUCUCCACCAUUGCCAGCAAGAUGAGCUUGGCCCCCGAGGUCGACAUGGACUCCCUGAUUGUCCGCAACGACCCUCUCAGUGGUGCCGUCAUCGCUGCCAUCAUGCAGGAGGCCGGUCUCCGUGCCGUGCGGAAGAACCGCUACAACAUCAUCCAGAGCGAUUUGGAGGAUGCCUACUCAAGCCAGGUCAAGGGCACGAGCGACGAGAACAAGUUUGAUUUCUACAAAUAA